AUGUCUGGUCUGAGUAAUGUGUCAGACUACCCCUCCCUGCCUCGAGUCACCCCAGUCACCUGCCUCGAGUCACCCCAGUCCUGCCUCGAGUCACCCCAGUCACCUGCCUCGGGUCACCCCAGUCACCUGCCUCGAGUCACCUGCCUCGGGUCACCCCAGUCACCUGCCUCGAGUCACCCCAGUCACCUGCCUCGAGUCACGCCAGUCACCUGCCUCGAGUCACCUGCCUCGGGUCACCCCAGUCACCUGCCUCGAGUCACCCCAGUCACCUGCCUCGGGUCACCCCAGUCACCUGCCUCGGGUCAUCCCAGUCACCUGCCUCGAGUCACCUGCCUCGGGUCACCCCAGUCACCAGCCUCGAGUCACCCCAGUCACCUGCCUCGAGUCACCCCAGUCACCUGCCUCGGGUCACCCCAGUCACCUCGCUCGAGUCACCCCAGUCACCUGCCUCGGGUCACCCCAGUCACCUGCCUCGGGUCACCCCAGUCACCUGCCUCGAGUCACCCCAGUCACCUGCCUCGAGUCACCCCAGUCACCUGCCUCGAGUCACCCCAGUCACCUGCCUCGAGUCACCCCAGUCACCUGUCUCGGGUCACCCCAGUCACCUGCCACAAGUCACCCCAGUCACCUGCCUCGAGUCACCCCAGUCACCUGCCUCGGGUCACCCCAGUCACCUGCCUGCCAUAA